CACAGACAGAAAGGGACAGAAAGAGAGGAUGUGUACAGAUGGGUGUCGAUUGUGUGUGUGUGUGUGCAGGUUCGUGCAGGUUCGUGUGUGUGAGCUGCCCUCCUCGUUCGUUCACUUCACAUGCGUUAAAGUCAUGCAGAUGGAAACGUACAACUGCUGCUACAGAGUACCACAUUUACACAGGAAGAAAGAGCUAGAAAGAGCCAGCAGGUCACACCCCAUCUGUACACUUCCCUCUAUCUCAAACAGGCAGCAGCCACCACCAAAAACAGCUGGGAUCUUCGGUAACUCGCGGCUUCUUUCUCAGCAUCAGCAUCGUCGGCAGGUCAGCUGGUCGCCUUUGUGUUCUUGAAGGCAGCGGCGGCAUUGUUGAGGACGUGAAGCGCCAUGCAGAACAGACCCGAGUGAUACUGCACAUGCACACAGAUGGAUGAAAGGACAGCCUGUGUGUAGGUCCUCUUGUGUGUGCACGUGUGUACCUUCUCCAUGAGCAUGGCCAUGCUGAUGGACAGACCGAUGGCCCGCAGACUCUCAUUGUCCGCCAUGCAGUUCACAUACGUCUGGUAGUCGAUCGUCUCCUCCUCCUUCUCGAGUCGCUCGAGCCACUCGGCCUCCGUCACGCCGAACGUGCUCUCCAUCCCAUAGCUCUCGUGCAGGCACGCGCAAACGAAUGUGCUGACCAUGACCCGCACGAAGCGCAUCACAGGCGAGUCGAUCAGCUGCUGCGCCUCGUCCACCUCUUCUUGCUGCUGUUCUUGUCUCGGUUCUCGCCUCCACAGGCGGCUGAGCAGCGGCCGCCGUCUUGCCGCCUCCACCAUUGCCUGGAGUGCCUCUCGCCGCUCCUUCCUCCUUCUGGUGUGGCGGCGGAUGAUGCUCAGUGGCAGCCGCCUCAGCAGCAGCUCCUGCACCAGCAGGCGACACUCGAUCUCCUCCACAAUCGGCGCGAUCACCACUCCACUCAGCAUCGAGUAGUGAGGCGACUUCGGUGUCAGACUGUGGAUCAGGGCUCUCUGCCGGCCACGCAACCACCCGAUGAUCCCCCCAGCUGCGCCAAAGAUGCGUACGGCAUGUCCGUGCCGCGAUAGCUCCUGAGCAAUGGCCGCGCCCAGGAUGACAGGGAGGGCGGGCAGCUCGGUGAGAUAGUGCAUGAUGAGCCGCUCGAACUGCUGCAGCUCGAGGCUGUGCUUGUGCUUGCGGAUCUCCCUCAGGUCCUCCUUGAGCAGUUUCUCCGCCUUUGCGAGGCCGGCCGGCGGCUCCUUGUGGCACUUCUUGAGCGCGCGAACCUCAACCAGCUGCUGGCAGAUGAGCCGCUCCAGCUGGCACACCUCGCAAAGCUCCAAGUCGUGCUUGGCGCUGCACUGCGAUGCCUUGACAGGCCGCAACGACGCAGCUGCGCUCUCGCACGAUGGCCGCUGACUAGGACGGCAGGGCUUGGCAGCAGCGGCAGCAGUAGAUGUGCCACGGCAGCGUCGGCUGAAGAAAGACGUUUGUCCGGCAGAGAUGAGGUGCAGGCAGCUCAGAAAGAGAACAGGAAACGCCGGAAAGGGAUACAUCCUGGAUGAUCGGG